GGAGGAGGAGGCGGCGGGCGGCGGCGCGCGAGGCCCGGCGGUGACCCUUCCCUUGCUGCAUGUAUGGCCUCGGGGGCGGCUGGGCCUGGGCCUGGGCCUGGGCCGGACCCGGAGGAGGCCUACGACUUCCUCUUCAAGCUGGUGCUGAUCGGCGACGCCAGCGUGGGCAAGACCUGCCUGGUGCAGCGCUUCAAGACCGGGGCCUUCGCCGAGAGGCAGGGCAACACCAUCGGGGUGGACUUCACCAUGAAGAGCCUCGAGAUCCAGGGCAAGAGGGUCAAGUUGCAGAUCUGGGACACAGCUGGCCAGGAAAGGUUUCGGACUAUUACCCAGAGUUAUUACCGAAGCGCCAAUGGAGCGAUCCUGGCCUAUGAUAUCAGCAAGCGGGGUUCUUUCCAGUCUAUUCCUCGCUGGAUCGAGGAUGUGAGGAAGUAUGCAGGCUCCAACAUAGUGCAGCUGCUUAUUGGAAACAAGUCUGACCUAAGUGACCUUCGGGAAGUUCAGCUAGAGGAGGCUCAGAGUCUGGCUGAACGGUAUGAUAUCAUCUGUGCCAUAGAGACAUCUGCGAAGGACUCCAGCAAUGUGGAGGAGGCUUUUGUAAAGAUGGCGACAGAGCUCAUGAUGAGACAUGGAGGCCCCAUGUUCAGUGAGCCAAACACAGACAGCAUCAAACUUGACAGCAAAGAUGUAGUAGAAGGAUGGGGGUGUGGCUGCUGAUACAGUUAAUGACAUAUAUCUUUAAUUGUUGCUGGAAUUUAUAGUGUACCUUCCCUUUUCCCUCGCUUCCACUCUGUGUCUGUAUCAUUCACAUGCUGAUAUGAACUUCCUGCAAGCCUAGUGCGUUUAUAGGUUAGAUAUUAACAUUUUCAGGUUGUUAAUACCUAUGAAAGGACUCAGUUGCAGACCUAGAAGUUCAUGGAAGUUUUUCAGCAGUAGAUUCUGUCUGAUUCUCCUAAGAGGAAAUAGUGCAGUUUGAAAGCUAAUUGCACAGAAGGAAACUACUGAGAUCUUUCUGUACAAAAUAAAGAGAGAACAAGGAAA